AAGAAUGCGUUCCAGAAGCAGCAACACUGAGGGCUCAGCCCCAAAGCAAUUCCCAAGACGUAGCAAAUUCCCCAGUCUCCAGGACAUGAGGCACAGAGAGAAGGACAAAGACCCUUCUGGAGAGACAGAUGGGGUCCUUCCACAUCCCACAUCAGAGAAGUCACACACUGGCAAAGGCCACCAAGCAGAAGACCUCUCAAGAGAUGACUUACUAUUUCUCCUCAGCAUUCUGGAGGGAGAACUGCAGGCUCGAGAUGAAGUCAUAGGCAUUUUGAGGGCUGAAAAAAUGGACUUGGCUUUGCUGGAAGCUCAGUAUGGGUUUGUCACUCCAAAAAAGGUGUUGGAGGCUCUCCAGAGAGAUGCCUUUCAAGCAACAUCCAUCCCCUGGCAGGAGGACAUCUAUGAGAAACCAAUGAAUGAGUUGGAUAAAGUCAUAGAAAAGCAUAAAGAAUCGCACAGACGAAUCUUGGAACAACUUUUAAUGGUAGAAAAAUCCCACAGGCAAACCAUAAUGGAGAUGGAGGAAGAAAAGAGAAAACAUAAAGAAUAUAUGGAAAAGAGCGAUGAAUUCAUAAACUUAUUGGAACAGGAAUGUGAAAGAUUAAAGAAGCUAAUUGAUCAGGAAACUGAGUCCCAGGAGAGGAAGGCGCAAGAGAAGGAGAAGAGGAUCAAGGCCCUGAAGGAGGAGCUGACCAAGCUGAAGUCUUUUGCUUUGAUGGUGGUGGAUGAACAACAAAGGCUUACGGCCCAGCUUGCCCUUCAAAGACAGAAAAUCCAAGACCUGACCACAAGUGCCAAGGAAACACAUGGUAAACUAGUCCUUGCUGAAGCCAGAGCUCAGAAAGAAGAGCAGAAGGCAACCAGACUAGAAAAAGAACUACAAACACAGACCACAGCGUUUCACCAGAACCAAGACAAAAUUAUGGCGAAGCUCACCAAUGAGGACAGUCAAAAUCGCCAACUCCGCCAAAAGCUGGCAGCACUCAGCCGGCAAAUUGAUGAGUUAGAAGAGACCAACAGGUCUUUAAGAAAAGCCGAGGAAGAGCUGCAAGAAAUAAAGGAAAAAAUCAACAAGGGAGAAUAUGGAAACACUGGCAUCAUGGAUGAAGUGGACGAGCUCAGGAAGCGUGUGCUGGAUAUGGAGGGAAAAGAUGAGGAGCUCAUAAAAAUGGAGGAGCAGUGCAAAGAUCUUAAUAAGAGGCUUGAGAAAGAGACAGUACAGAGUAAAGACUUCAAACUAGAGGUCGAAAAACUCAGUAAAAGGAUUACAGCUCUGGAAAAAUUAGAAGAUGCUUUAGACAAAAGCAAACAAGAAUGCUACUCUCUGAAAUGCAAUUUAGAAAAAGAAAAGAUGACCACAAAGCAGUUGGCUGAAGAACUGGAGAGUUUAAACGCUAGGAUCAAAGAGCUAGAAGCCAUUGAAAGUCGGCUAGAAAAGACAGAAUUCACUCUAAAGGAUGAUUUAACUAAACUGAAAACAUUAACUGUAAUGCUUGUAGAUGAGCGCAAAACAAUGAGUGAAAAAUUAAAGCAAACUGAAGAAAAGUUACAAACCACUGCCUCCCAGCUCCAGGCAGAGCAAAAUAAAGUGACGACAGUGACUGAGAAGUUAAUUGAGGAAACUAAAAGGGCACUCAAGUCCAAAACUGAUGCUGAAGAGAAGAUGUACAAUGUAACUAAGGAGCGAGAUGACCUCAGAAAUAAACUGAAAGCAGAAGAAGAGAAAGGACUUGAUCUGUUGUCCAAAGUUAAUAUACUGAAAAACAGGCUUCAGUCACUGGAAGCAAUUGAGAAAGAUUUUGUCAAAAACAAAUUAAAUCAAGACUCCAGUAAGUCCACAACAGCAUUACACCAAGAAAACAAUAAGAUUAAAGAGCUCUCUCAAGAAGUGGAAGAGCUGAGGCUGAAGCUAAAGGACAUGAAAGCCAUUGAGGAUGACCUCAUGAAAACAGAGGAUGAGUAUGAGACCUUAGAACGGAGGUAUGCUACUGAGAGAGACAAGGCUCAAUUUCUGUCUGAAGAGCUGGAGCAUGUUCAAAUGGAACUUGCCAAGUACAAGUUAGCAGAAAAGACGGAGUCCAGCCAUGAGCAAUGGCUCUUCAAGAGGCUCCAAGAAGAAGAAGCGAAGUCAGGCCAUCUGUCAAGAGAAGUGGAUGCAUUAAAAGAGAAAAUUCAUGAGUACAUGGCAACAGAGGACCUCAUAUGUCACCUCCAGGGAGACCACUCCAUUCUGCAAAAGAAACUAAACCAACAAGAAAACAGGAACAGAGACUUGGGAAGAGAGAUUGAAAACCUUACCAAAGAGUUAGAAAGGUACCGGCAUUUUAGUAAGAGCCUCCGACCUAGUCUCAAUGGAAGAAGGAUCUCUGACCCUCAAGUGUUUUCUAAAGAAGUUCAAACAGAGGUAGUAGACAAUGAGCCACCAGACUACAAGAGCCUCAUUCCUCUAGAACGAGCAGUCAUCAAUGGUCAGCUAUAUGAGGAGAGUGGGGACCAAGAUGAGGAUGCUAUUGAGGAAUCUGUGCUGUCCUUCAAAUGCAAUCCAUCUGCGUCCCUUCCUGUAAACAGGAAACUGUGGAUUCCUUGGAUGAAAUCCAAGGAGGGCCACCCUCAGAAUGGAAAAAUACAAACUAAGUCCAAUGGCAACCUGGUGCAACCUGGGGAUCUAGUCCUAAGUCAUACACCUGGGCAGCCACUUCACAUAAAGGUUACUCCAGAUCAUGCCCAAAAUACAGCCACUCUUGAAAUCACAAGUCCAACUACAGAAAGUCCUCACUCUUACACCAGCACAGCGGUGAUACCAAACUGUGGCACCCCAAAGCAAAGGAUUACCAUUCUCCAAAAUGCCUCCAUAACACCAGUGAAGUCCAAAACCUCUACAGAAAGCCUUGUGAACUUAGAGCAAAGCAUGCCCCCAGUUACCAUGGCAACCUUUGCCAGAGCACAGACCCCAGAGUCCUGUGGUUCUGUAACUCCAGAACGGACAAUGUCACCUAUUCAGGUUUUGGCUAUGGCUGGUUCAGCUAGUUCUCCUGAGCAGGCUCGCUCCCCAGAGCCGAUAGAAAUCAGUGCCAAGCAUGCAAUUUUCAGAGUCUCCCCGGACCGGCAGUCAUCAUGGCAGUUUCAACGUUCAAACAGUAACAGUUCAAGUGUGAUAACUACUGAGGAUAAUAAAAUCCACAUUCACUUAGGAAGUCCUUACAUGCAAGCUGUCGCCAGCCCCGUGAGACCUGCCAGUCCUUCAGCACCACUGCAGGAUAACAGAACUCAAGGCUUAACUAAUGGGGCACUAAACAAAACAGCCAAUAAAGUCACCAGCAGUAUUACUAUUACACCAACAGCCACACCUCUUCCUCGACAAUCACAAAUUACAAUCAAAGGAGUAUGCAAGCAGAGAAUUCCAACAAGGAUCCCUAAACCCAAAUCUACAGGCAUCAGUAGACUUUCCAGCAAAACAGCCCUCGGACCUGUGGAUAAGCCUAGUCACCAAAAUGGCUGUGAAAAAUUACACAUCAUAAGAACUGUUACCUCUAACACAUUCCUCCACAUAGAAGGGAAAAGGUAAGUCACACCUAAGUACUGUCUAGGAAGAUUCAUCUCCAGAAAUAUCCGAGAAGCUACAAUCACGGAAGGCCAGAGAAGGAUGGCCAUCUAUCUCUCCAGGAAACGGUGAAGCAGCAUGCUGUCCUAUGGCUCACAGGUUGAUGGACCUGGUGAAGAGCAUGUCCAAAGAAGCAGUGCAUGUACACUUUCCAACUCUCUCUAGAGCAUACAUACACACUCUCUAGUUCACAACUGCACACCACUCAAUUCUUCAUGGCAUUUGUAACCUGACUCAAAGCUGGACUGCAGCAUCAGCUCAGGACAAGACUCGAUCCACUACUAUAGCUCAAGAGCCUUUUGUAAACAAAGAAGCAAUCUUUCAUUCUACAGAAUCACAUAAUCACAUGGGAUAAGAAAAUGGACUAGCAAGAAUUCCUGACUUAUUUGUGAAAGUAGGAUGAUUUUCAUCAAAAUGACAUAACAAUUAAAACCAAACUUUAAGGUCUAAAAACCAUCAUCUUAUGACUAUGAGAAAGAAAAGUAGUAAUUCUUAGCUAUAAGGAGAGAGAAACAACAAAAUUAGUAAUAGCUGAUUACAUCCUUGGUGUGGCCAACCAACAAUCACUGAUGUGUACAUACUUGACUACUAGCAUUCAGCCUCCUCUACCAUUUUUAUAGCAGAUUUCCCCUCCUAAAGAUUAAGUUAUAGAAUCAUAUUGCUUUGCAUGUAAGAUUAAAAAAGUCUUCAGAUUAGCACUGUGGCUUUCUAUAUUAAUCAGAGCAUAUGAGAAUCAAUGGUCACUACUACUGAAAUCUUACGAGGGAAAUAUAAAUCACUGUUAUGGUUCUUAAAAAAAAAGAGCAAUAAUUUAUCAUUUCAUAGGGCGUCUUUAUUCACAUCCCUUCCCUCAAUGUUACACAAAAAGAUUAGCAGAUUCAACAAACGCUUUGGUCCAGGAGACCCAGGAUGACAUUUACAGAAUACUGCAUUCAGUCAUCUACAGGCUGCACACAGUACCCUGGCAGUAGUAACAUGUAGUCACUGUUCUAUCUCAUUCAAGCUUGUGUCACUGAAUCAAGAGAAAGGAGUGAUUAUAAUUCAGUGUGGACACUGGCGCAAUGACAUUUUUAAGAUGAGGCAUUUUAGACUAAAGAGAUUUCACAACUUCACAAAGUCCCAGGGGUUGGGAGUGUCAAUGAUUUCUAUGACCCAUCACCGAACACUGGAGGCAUGGGCCUGGAGGAAAUCUUCCUGGCUGAGGACUACACUUCAGGUAGCUUUCUACAAUGGGCCUCAAAGCAGAAGCAAAGAACUGCCAUUCCCCACACUCACAUGGCUAAUCUAUUUCAAUGCAUACACUGAUGCCACAAUAUAACACCCCAGGGGGCCAUUUAAUGAAGAGAGGAAUGGGGGAAAGAGAGGGAGGGACAGGAAGAGGAAGCAGAGGAGGAAGAGGAGGAAGGUGGGCAGCACUAAGUUAUGCUAGUUAAAGAGGAAUGGUGUAUAGCACCAGGCAAGUAGCAGCGGAAGAUUGUGGGAGGACAAGUUAUGAGACUGAAACAAAAGCCAAAGUUAAAGCCAUAAGUGAAAAGAAAAGACUAUGAAUGAAGGGGAGGGAGCUCUGACGCCAAAAGCAAGACACAUCCACAGGGUGCACAGCAGCAUGCCUGAGAUAAAGCAGGUAUUUAAUACAUCUUAAGUAAAUUCAGGAUAAGGAAUGAGCUAGAGAGGCCAUUCAAUCAAGACACGGGUAGUGAAGUAUGGUAGGAUGGGAAAAUCAGUUAUGCCUGGGUACCAUUUAUUAUGCUAAUGGAGAGAUAAACUACUGGAAUCCCUAGAGUGAAAACCAAAUAGAUCAAAAGGAAGCAUAAAACAAGCUGGGCACAUGCCUAUAAUCUUACCAAGCUGGAGCAGAAGCAGGAGGCAAAAGGAAAAGGAUCAUGAGUGUGAGGCUAGUCUGAGCUGUUAUAUUGUCUCAAAAAAAAAAAAAAGUGCUGAGGCUACAGCUCUGGUAGAGAGAACACUUGCCUAGCAUUCACAAGGCCACAGGUUCAAUUCUCAGCAGUACACACACACACACACACACACACACACACACACACACACACACACACACACACACACACACACAAGGGAGCAACCAGUUAAGAGAGAACUGGUUGCUCUUUGGGAGGAUUCCCAGCACCCACAAGGCAGUUCACAACCAUCUGCAAUUCCAGUCACAGGUCAUCCGAUACCCUCUUCUGGCCUCCAUGGGCACUGCACAUAUGGAGACCAAACAUACUUGCAGGUAAAACACCCACACACAUAAGAAUAAAAUAAAAUUGAAUUUUUGAUAGGAAAAAUAACAUAUACUAUUAAUGGCUUCAGAAAAACAAAGUGCCUUGGAAAGUUUGAUCUUGAAAAGGAACACAAAAUAUGUUGUAUAUUAAAGGUUUUAACCUUGUUUUCUCCCACACUGGUACUCUCUCAAGUAUGUUUUAUAUCAAGAUGGCAUAAAUUCAUGAGCAAGGAAAGAAAGGAGAAGAUAUUGUUCAAAGUACUAAAAAGAAAAAAUACAAAAUAAUUAGGGACAUUUCUAUGAUCACCAGCAGUAAUUCAUCUUCAAAUGGCAAUCAAGUUCUCUCAUUAAGAUAAAAGUAUCACAAAAUGUUCCAUUUUAACCAAAGAAUUACCAACUACAACACAGGCUUACUCCAAGCAACAUCUGAGGCAUAACAGGCAAUGCAACUAAGAACUAAGUAUGACUUGGAUGUCAACAGCAUAGUGUUUGACAUAUAAAGCAAGUGAAACAAAGAAUCCUGCCACCCCAGCAUAACCCUGCUACAGAAAUGGGGCCGUUAUGAAGGGGGAAAAUAAAAAGUAAGUAAGAGAAGCUAUCCUACAUGAAGUGGGAAGGAGGCCCCUGGAAAGAAUGUGUUUAACAGGAGUAGAAGGGAGUGAGAGAGGUAAGGAGGGUGAAAAUGGACAAAAUACACCAUAUACAUAUGUGAAAUUGUCAGAAUGUUUUUAAAUUUCAAAAGGAAAAUGUCCUACAAUUCUAGAGUAACUGUGAUUAAAUUUUAAGAAAUAGAUAAAAGUCCAAGUGAAGGAAAAUAAUGAAACUCCUAAGAACUGAUAGUUUUAUGUUAAGAGUCCUACUUGUGCUUUGUUUAUUCAGCUUUGGUGAUCUCUGGAUUACUAUUUGAACUUUUUGAAAUCAUGUUAUCUAAUUUUAAUCAGAAUGUAAUUCAUCUAGUAUCUAACAGAACUGUGGACUGAAUACUAGGGUAACUAAUAAAAACCACUUUUCUCUAGGAUAUAUUUCAAAUUUCUUACAGAGAAAUAUAUAAUCCCCUGAGUUUGGGAUGUAAGCAGCAUCUUCAAGCUGGGUAGGCCAAAAUUCUAUUAUCUCACCUCAUUUGACAGGAAGGCUAAGAAUAAUUGUGAUAAUGAAAAAUGUUGAAAGAAAUCAAAACAAAACUAUUUUAUGAUAAGAAAAUUACAUAAAACUCAAAUUUCAUUGUUUAUAAAGUUUUAUUAGAACAAGUUACACUCAUUUGUUUACAUAUUUGUCUACUUUUACACUAAAAUACCAAAGCUGAGUAGUUUAAAAAUGACUGGAUCUGCAAAACCUUGGUAGACUCCUGCUAAAUAAAUAAAUACAUACAAAAAAAAAAAAAAAAGAAACCCACGAACUAGACUAGCAAGGAACCCAGGAACAGAACAUUUAACCACACUACCAUCAUCUAAUUUCUAAAAGCAACACUUGCAAUUCAAGAAUUCAAUCUAGCAUUCUAUGAAAGCUGACGAAAUGAGAAAACUACAUUGCAAGAUGUUCAUGAAAUGUUUAGAAAAGUGUAUAUAACAUUGAAGUAUUCAAUGACAAAUCAUUAGAUCCAGAACAGGUCAAAAGCAGGGCAGAGUGGCACAAGCCUAUAAUAUCAGCAAUGGGCAAGCUGAAGCAAAAAAACGUCUAGUUCAAGGCAGUAGGAUUUCUAAUUCAAGGCCAACCUGGGCUAGAUAGUGAAAACCUUUCUCAAAACAAAGCCAAAACCAAUACAAAAACCUCUAAGAAUUUGUAGUACAGAACAAUGUUAUGCAUUAUUAUUAAACAAGAGAAGAAAUGAAAGGUCUUCCGCAUUUAUGAGGGGUAUUUUUUCAGGAAACGCAUGGAUACUUAGCAAAAUUAUAUCAGGGAAUGUAUGAUCUGGAGAAAGAUAUGCACACAUGUACUUUCAAACUUUCCUAAGCUGUUGUCAAGAACCAUUCGUUUUAACAUUUGUAAGAAUUGUGGGAAUUCCAAAAGUCUCCUAGGUUGUUUGCAGGUUCAUCUAGAAGUUUUCAAGUACAGAACAUGACUGACAAUGUAGCCUCUUUUUCUUUCCUCCCUCUUGUGUUUAAAAAUCCAUCCUGAAUUUUGCCCUUAAACAUUCUGUCAUGUUAUAUGUAUCUUUAUUAAACACACCAAUACAUAUAUCCAAUAAUGUAAACUGAUGGUGUCCCCUCCAAUUCUGUGUCAAAAAUAGAGCUGACCUCAAUAAAUAAUCAUGAAAACACUGUG